AUGGAUCCCCCAGUGGUGUCCAGUCCUCCACCCAGUAAGCACGCCCGCGCCCGAACAGUGAAAGAGCCCGAAAAUGCUCGACGAGUCCGAAAGCGAGAAAUGGAUCGAAAAGCACAACAAACUUUUCGUGAGAAGACCAGAAACUACAUUACACACCUGGAACAAACCGUUGAAGUGUUCAAAGCUCGAUGUGAGACAGAUGUAGUAGAAAAGCUGUUGAUCAAGAACAGUGAAUUGCAAAGAACCAAUGGGCGCCUUCGAAAAGUGCUGAAGGACCUCGUUUCUACACUUCAAGCCGAGCUUCAGCCUGAGUUUUCCAUUGCUAGUGGAUUCGCGGGAGGAAUAUCGAGCGACAAACCUGGCGGCUCUCAAUGCCUCACCAGUGAUCUCACCAUCUCUUCCACUGACAAUUUCGAUGCGCAGGGUGACUCGGAUGAAGUCAUUGUCGGUGGACUGCCAGCCGCUGAAGGGUUUUUAGAGAACGGUGGGGAUAAGGAACCACUGAUCAACGAAUCAGCGCCUGAUAUUGAUAUCAUCAGCACUUUGGGUGGCCUUUCAGAACAUGUUCCAGCAUCUGAACGAAACCAAAAUCUGGCUCUCAUCAACGACAACUUACCUUUUACUUACAAUGCGGGCAUGACUUUCUGCGAACAGGACAUGAACGUCCAAGCUUUUGCUAUGCAGUGCUCUUCGGAAGGUCCAUGUUCUUUCGACAUGCAAUACCCUACGCCUUUGAGGUACUUUGGCCCUUUCUCUGUGCUGCCACCUUCGGAGGGUUCAGACAUAUGGUGUACCACCAGCCUUGUAUUCAACAAGAUCUUUGAUAUAUCAUCAGCUCGAGCCGAGCGCGCCAAAACAUUGGACAAAGGAGUGAUUUUCCGGGCAAUUCAGAAUGGAUGGAAUACGCUUGAUCCUUACAUUCUCCAGCAUCCAAUCAUUGAGAUAUUGAGGGACUACGAUCAAUUGGUCGCGGAGCGUCUUGAUAAAGUCAACCGAGUGGCUAUUGCCUACAAAAAUUCUGCACUAUUCAAGGUAAGAGUUAUUGGUUCGAUGAGCUAG